CGGUGGGUGGUCUCCGACCGGCGGACUUCACGUGGCUCCAGCGGGAGGCGCUCCGAGCCAAGCCUCCAUAGCGUCAGUCCGGUGCGGCAGCAGCAGGAGGCAACAUCCCAAAAAUGGCUGUGGAGCUGGAACCCACGGAUGUGAUCCGUCUGAUAAUGCAGUACCUCAAGGAGAAUAACCUCUACCGCACGCUGACGACCUUACAGGAGGAAACCACUGUUUCUCUCAACACAGUGCAAAGCAUCGAGAGCUUUAUUGAGGAUAUAUACAGGGGCCAUUGGGACUCUGUUCUGCUGGCCAUUGAGUCUCUCAAGUUGCCCGACAACACACUGAUUGACCUCUAUGAACAGGUUGUAUUGGAGCUCAUUGAAAUGAGGGAGGUGGGUGCAGCUCGUUCGCUUCUCAGGCAAACCGACCCAAUGAUCAUGCUGAAGCAAAUCCAGCCGGAAAGGUACGCCCACCUGGAGAAACUGCUGACGUGUCCUUACUUUGACCCUCAUGAGGCAUACCCGAAGGGGGGCAGUAAAGAGAAGCGACGCAGAGCCAUAGCUGAGGCUUUAGCGAGGGAGGUCAGUGUGGUGCCUCCUUCUCGCCUCAUUGGGCUCCUGGAACAAGUCAGCUAUAUGAAGAUAAAUCCAAGUUAUCUCUCCCCUGAAAUUGACACAUCUGCAAGCAAGGAGCAGCAUGUGGAGAAAGAAAGAUUUCCUACACAGCUGUACCGCCACAUAAAGUUUGGACGACGUUCACACCUGGAAUGUGCCCGGUUCUCUCCUAAUGGCAAGUAUUUAAUCACCGGAUCAGUGGAUGGGCUUAUUGAGGUCUGGAACUUCAACAGUGGAAAAAUUUGCAAGGAUCUCAAGUAUCAGGCCCAAGAAAGUUUCAUGAUGAUGGAUGAUGCUGUACUGUGUAUGUCCUUCAGUCAAAAUACAGAUCUACUGGCCACAGGAGCUCUGAAUGGCAAAAUAAAGGUGUGGAAGAUCCAAAGUGGCCUGUGUGUGCGCAGGUUCGAGCAUGCUCACAACAAAGGUGUGACUUGUCUGAGUUUUUCAAAGGACAGCGACCAGAUCCUCAGUGCCUCAUUCGACCAAACCAUAAGAAUCCAUGAACUGAGGUCAGGCAAGACGCUACAGGAGUUAAACGGCCAUUCAUCAUCUGUAAACGAUGCAUGUUUCACUCAGGAUGGUGCUCACAUUAUCAGCGCUUCAUCCAAUGGCACUGUUAAGAUCUGGAACACAAAGUCUUGUGAAUGCGUUCACACAUUCAAAUCAAAGUCAAUGACGUCAGAUGUUCCAGUCAACAAUGUGAUUCCCCUUCACCAAAACCCGGAGGAGUUUGUGGUGUGCAACCAGUCCAACACAGUCGUCAUCAUGAAUAUGCACGGUCAGACAGUAAAGACUUUCUGUUCAGAGCAACCAAAGCGAGCAGGCUUUGUGUGUUGCGCCUUGUCACCCCACGGGGAGUGGAUCUACUGUGUGGGGGAGGACUGUGUGCUGUACUGCUUCAACUACAAGACAGGGAGGCUGGAGAAAACGCUGACUGUUCACCAGAAAGAUGUAAUUGGAAUCGCUCACCACCCACAUGAGAACCUGAUUGCCACAUACAGCGAGGAUGGCCUGUUAAGGCUGUGGAAACCCUAAACUGUCACCUGCCUCCUACUGUGGAGGAGCAUCCAGAUUGACUUAAAGGGAUAGUUCAGAAUUAAUAAUGUGAAGCUUUAUGAAAAUCUUAUACACAGCAUCGGGUCUGCAGUGAAACAUCUUCAUUUAAUGUAAAUUAUUUACUUUAAAUUCAGAUGAGUUGGUCCCGGAGGAUGAGGCUAAUUGCUAAACCUUUAAACUAUUGUCACAUGUGGAUAGGAUGGUUGCUAACACAGCAAUGUAAGUUGGAGGUGGUGCACCACCAAUGAUCCUCCCGAGUGAAACAAGAACUGAAAAUCUAACAUACAAAGCACCGAUCAGACUUAAGUAAAACUUUGUAGAUAUUGUUGGUGGUGCACCAACUCCUACGUAUUUUAAAGACAUCAAGAGUGUUAUCUGCUGCAGGUAAGAUACUGUUUAUAACCUUUUAACAAAGGCUCACUUCAAAAACCCUGAACUAUCACCUAAACAGUUAGAUGGUCUUUGCUUUUUGCAUUCAGCCUUCACCAGCAGUUCAGGUUUCUUUGGUAGGUAUACGUCCGAAUUUUACAUCAUGACAUUCAGAAUACAGCUGAAGAGAACCAACCAUAUAUUUCUUAUGUCUUUUUGUAUAAGGUUCAACUAGAUCUUUAGCUGUUUUCAGUUUUCAGUGUAUAAAUUGAACUUACCAUUAGACUUAUGAACUUUGUCAACACUGUCUUAAGUCAGCCAUGAUGCUCUUUGCAAGUCCAACUUCCCCAGUGCAAUUUAAAUCCAGCACUCAUCUCUUCUGUCUCCAACAGACAUGUAAAUGCAUGAUGAUGAACUGUUUUUUUUUUACAAUAACUGCCUAAUAUUUGGGCAUUAACAAUAUCAGGUAUUUGAUGCUUUGCUUUGUAAAUAAGCUUUUUUUCCCCCAUAAUUUUCUCUGUGAUUUACCUGCAUGCUACCUCGGUUCACUGCGGAUCUGUAAUAUCUGAAAUAUGCAUGCUUAUAAACGACAAGAGCUGUAUUCUGGGUGUUUGUAAUAGUGUUCCUGAGCAUGCAUAAGACACAUGCCUGCAGGUAACAGACUGUCUUCCGCCACUAUUUAUCAUGCGUGAUAUUAACUGUUAUUUGUUACUGUAGAGUGAAGUCAUUGCACUCUACUUUUAGUAUAUUUACAAUAUUGUGUAUAUUAUACCAUCUGCCACAGGAAAAAAAGAACACCAAUAAAUUUAGAUUCAAAAUGGCUGCA